UGGGAAUAAAACAUUUAAGAUUACUGUAUACAUGCCUUGUGUUUGCCUGUAUUCUAACAAUACUUUCUUUUUCUGUUUAACACAGGCAGUGAGUAAUAUAUCACAACUGUGUAACAGUGUGGAACAAACUGGUAGCAGAUGCAAACCCAAUUUGAUUUCUGGUAACCUUAGCUUUUGGCAUUUCACAGGACCGUUACAAUACAGUGUCUGGAAAGAAAUGAAGUCUAUCAUUACCCCUGUUCCAGCCUCACUGUUCCUCGAUUCCAACACAGCACACAGAGAUUUUGUUCUAUCCCAGGACCUGACCAGCGUGGUGAAAGCUAAUCCAUAUCAAAAUAUGUCUCCGUUGCUUCAGAUUCACGCUGAGAUGAUGGCUAAGUUGGACGAGAUAUCUGAGAUGCUUGAGAUGGAAAAAUAUAAUGCUGUUUUAGCAUCCCAGGGGUUCUCAUCAGGAAGACACUAUUGGGAAGUAGAGGUGGGUGACAACGCAUGGUGGUUUCUUGGAGUAGCAGCAAAGUCUGUCAUCAAGGAGGGAAGUAUCCCUCUGUCUGUCACUUCUGGUCACUGGGCCAUUUGUUUGAAAGCAGGGAGUAAAUACUUCACAUGUGAACAGGUACUAAAAUUGCUUAGCCUCAGCAUAAACCCACAUAAGAUUGGGGUGUACCUCGAUUAUGAAGGAGGACAGAUAUCAUUUUACAAUGCUGACAACAUGACUCACAUUCACACCUUCAGUGAUACCUUCAAGGAAUGUCUCUACCCUUCCUUUAGCCCUAAUUAUGUACAUUGCUGCAGUAAACCACUAAAAUUAUUUCACUUGAAGCUAUAAUUUUUCCAAAAGUUAAGCAUCUUGCUCUGGGAUAUUCUUCACUAUAAGAUUUAUUAUCAUUGCUUUAAAUUAAACAAUCAUCACACACUAAAAGGUUUUAUGUGAGCACAGGAUGGGACUCCAUAUUUAAACCUCCUUGGACUUCUCCUGAUAUACUGCUGCCAUAAAAUGGCUGCAAACUUUAUAAAUAAAGCAUUUAAAGAAAUUAUGCUAAGCAUUGGUGAUCUACAUCAUAGAUAUACUAUGCAAACUGCAUUUUUUAAUGGAAAUGACAUCUAUAAAUUUGGCCUACAAACAGAACCUAAGAGUUAAAAGUCUGAAAUGUAUGAAAUCUGCUGGUCAUAAAUACUAACAUUUAUAUUAAAGCAGAGAUUUUUGACUGAAGAAUGUAUAACUUCAUACUGAAAUUUCACAAUUUGCCAUUUAAGCUCAACAUGUUUGGGUAAAGUUUUCUGGACUGGAGAUGUCUUCAUGAAGCUGAAUUUUGAUAUGCUAACAGAAGUUUGCCAAUGAAUUUAAAUUUUACCACUUUUUUAUUGUGAUUGUACUGUAGGUAAUAUAGCAUCAAUCAACUGUGGUAAAGUUGUUGGCCACAAACAUGAGUCAACAGUGGUAGAAUUUUUUGAUGUAUAAAUUAAUGACUAUAUGAUUCUUAUAAAUCAAAUGUAAUGGCACAUUAUCUGUGCAACACUAACAUUUAUAGUUCUGUUUUUAUAAUGAUACAUUGACUGUGAGCAUAAAUGGUCCAGUAGGGUGUCUUAACUGGAUACAUGUCAUAUGGUCAAAUGAUUAAAACAUCAAACCUCACUUCAGUGAAAUGAGCGCAUUGAACAUGUGAAUCAUUGAAAACCGACAUCAGCGAAUCUCACCAUAUCAACUAGUAAUAGUUGGCCAAUAGCUGCACAUAGCUUGGAAAGAAUAUACAUAUUUACUCCCAUCAUGUUAUACGUACCAAACGUAAGAUGCUAAUAACGCAGUCGUUGGAUAAUAUUGUUAUUCAGCGUGGUGAGAUUCGCUGAUGUCAUCUUUCCAUGAUUAAGACUUGAUGCUCUUGUCUUGCGAAGUGAGAUUCGAUGUUUUAAUCGUUUGUCCAUAUGACAUGAAUCCAUCUUAACCACAGACUGCUAUUCUUAGAACUGUGUAUAGUUAUGUUUCUGUUUAAUUUUUUUGUGUAGUGUGCAUAAUACAACUACUACUACUACUACUACUAA